AUGUUGUGGGGCAAAGGUUUGAAUCACAUGGUGCAGUACAUCCCCGAGGCCAUCGACGACAUCGAGUCCACCAAUCGUGCACAUGGUCGCCCGGAGCAGAAGAACUACCCGAACCUCACCAUCCUCAAGGCCGCGUACCAGCUUGAAAUCGAUUCGAAUGUAUCCCCUCCAAAAGAUCUUCCUCAGCGACCUGAUCCUGAGAAGCUCAUGUUGGAUGCAGAUAUCGAGAUUUUCAACUGGGUGCUUCAAGCUGAGGAGAGCGCCACAGCCUCUGCCGACCGGGAGGUCGAGUCCUGGUUGCGUGACAUUCCUGAAGAGGACCAGGCAUUGGAACCAAUGCACCAUGACAACGCUGAUUCGGACGAUGAGGCUGUCAAAGUUCAGGCCCUCACCAUGGAUGAUCGAAUUUUGGCGAGGCGAAAAGGCCUUUCAGAGGAGCACGACCAAGAAUGGCAAGAUGCCACCUAUGCGGCUGAGGAUGAAGACGAGGACUUCAAAGGGUGGGACCUCAUUGAGGAUGACAAACGCCCGCCGGGAGUCGUGGCCAAUGACCCAGUACAUGAAGAGGAAAAGGAGCUGGACCUUGACGACCUCGAGACGGUGGCUUCGGUGGAGAUUGUCGAUGAAGAGGAGUUCCACGACGCUGAGGAGGGGCAGGCAGAGCCGAUUGAUGAUGAUGACGAUGACGACAUGGCCGUGAUCGACAAGGUCUCUUCUAUGCAGGCCUCGAAGUCUGAUGCACGGGGGGACCCGGAGCCCAUGGAUGUUGAUGAUCAGGGCAACAAGAUGGUCCAGAGUACGGCAUCGGCGAAGACCUGGAAGACGGAGAUGGCCCAGAGCUCGUCAUCGGCAAAGACGUGGAAAACUGACAUGGCUCAGAGCACCUCAUCUGCAAAGACAUGGCGAACUGACACCACUGCAGCUGCUGCUGAACAGUUUGACACGUCGAAAUUUGCCUCAGCACAGGAUCUGGUUUGGAUUGAGCCGGACAACAUGGCAGGAGUUCCUGUGCGCAAGGUGAACGGCUUGUCGUCCGGAAAGCUCAGGUGGACGCCAGUGAGGAUCAGGGCCAUUCAGGGUCAUCGGGCCUUUCUCGUGGAGCAAGGGGGGAUGUCAAGCAUGAUCAAAACGAUGUUCACUUUUGAUGAGAACUUCGACCAGACCAAGAUCGACGACCCAACGGUCCACCCCGCAUUCUCCGCGAUGCCGGAAGGCUCGCCUGUGUGGCACAAGUUCCCCAGAGUGGUGUAUCACACCUGUGACCAAGCCGCCUUCAAUUCCAUCAUCAAGCACGGCCUGAUCCCUGGCGGAUUCCCGUACAAAACGGGCAGAGCCCACAACUUUUUCAACUCCACUCCGCCCUGGAAAGCGGAAAUGAAAAAGUUGCAAGGUACGCGGGCCGGGAGGCCAAUCGCCAUCGCGUUCGACAUGGAGCUCAUGAUGCAAAUGGGCUACAAACUUUUCGCGACUGACGAGGCCAUCCUGUCGCCAGACUGGAUCUCGAACCAGCCGAUGAUCAACGCCUUUGAUAUGCGUGAAGACAUUGAAGUCGAGAAGAGUACUGCCACCCGGGAGGGUGAGCCGGCAUCAGGUUCUCAGCUGGUGCCCGGCUACACCAUUGGAAAAAUGGCCGCCAUGACAAGCACGGAUGCCUGUGGCUUCCAACGUCGUGGACGGAAUGGACCCGGUGGUGGAAAUUGGAGUCGAGGGCAAGGUCGACACGGAUUUGAGUUGCAAUUCAAGGACAUUUCCUACAACCAGAUCCAAGACACGCCUCAGGUACGUUGUGGCCAUCCGAUCUGUGGAUAUCUGAUGAUGGAUGGGCAUUUGAAAUGCCCGCGCUGUUUCCGGCAGAUGGAACCCGUGACCGAUGCCAACAUCGCCACGGAAGUUGCCCGCCGGGAGGCGAUGGCCCGUACCAGAGGAGUGCCCUUCUCCAUGGACAAGGUGAUCUCCAACCACCCGCGAAGAGGCAGAGUAGCCAGGCAGCCGGAGAAGGGAUCAUCAUCUUCUUCGACAGCCAUCCGGACCAGAAGCACCUAUGGCAACUUGAGAGACAUGGCCAAGAACUACGUCAGAUCUUUCAAGAAAAGGGGCUUCAAAGACCUUGUUGACCGACUCGUCCGCGACCCGUUCUUUCAGUUCAAUGCGGCGAAUCAAAACUUGGUGCCGGAGGCCUUGCUCUUCAUUGAGCGUUUGGCUGGCUGCGUGAGCCCGACCAUUGAGCGCACCAAAGCUCAGGUUCUUGGUGAAAAGCUUGAGAUGGCCACCAAGUUGAUCUUUGUGCCAUCGUCGGAGCGGGAGCCCGACCAACCCUUGGAUCUUCACACCGAGGUGUUUGUGUCGCAUCGGGGCGUCUUUCUCGACAUUGGCCAAUUCGCAGUCUACGUGGCGAAGUUCAUCAAGCCAAGGCAAAGACCUCUACCCAUUGUUUAUGGAUGGGGCAAUCGUGACUUUGUGCCUGAUGCUUCAGAUGCCAAAGAGAUCGCGAAAGAAUUGGUGGAGUUCAGCAAGCUGCAAUGGUCGAACUUUGCCUCCCAACAGACGCACAAGGAGUCUGAGACCACCGGCGACGACCGGGAGGUCAGUCUUCCUCAUGCAAGUGCAGCCAUCAGCCAACCUGAACAUCAACGACCCCAUCACGAGCAGUUUGAACCGAAUCUUGGCAAGCCUGCUCGCGGCGGUCCUUACGGCCAGGGCGGUGGUGGUGGAAAAGGUCAUCACAAAGGUGGAGGACAGACCAAAGGGAAGGGACAGCAGAAGGGGAAGGGCAAGCAAGGCAGAAGCCCACCGGGAGGUGUGGCCUACGGUGACUUUGAAGGAGGUUCCUACUGGGUUCAGGGCUACCGCUACACGUGGUACUGGAAUCAACAGCGAGGCUGGUACUGGCGCUGGACCUGA